CCAAAAGAGUGACAAAUUAAUUUACAUAUUAAUUAAUUCUCUCCAAUCUCUUAAUUAGUCUCACCAUCUAUACUAUAAAUAUGCUAAACAUAAUGUUUUAGGAUCAUAUCAUCACUAAAAACUAUAAGCAGUUCCUUAUACAAAUAAAGAUCUUACUCAAAAUUAAUUAAUUAUUAAGAAAAAUGGGUUCAAAGAGAGGAAUAAUUUUGUAUGUGGUGGGAUUAGUACUCACAAUAAUUUUGGCUUAUGAAACAACAAGUUCCUCAGCUCAACUCUCUACAAACUUCUAUGAUUAUUCAUGUCCAGCUGCCUUACCAGCUAUCAAGAAAGUUGUUGAGGCUGCCGUUAUGAAGGAACGUCGUAUGGGAGCUUCCCUAUUACGUCUUCACUUUCAUGAUUGUUUCGUCCAAGGUUGUGAUGGAUCGAUACUUCUUGAUUCGACUGACACGAUUGAUAGUGAGAAGCUAGCGAAUCCUAAUGUGAACUCCAUUAGGGGAUUCGAGGUCAUUGAUGACAUCAAGGCUGAGGUCGAUCGUGUUUGUGGUGGCCCAGUUGUUUCUUGUGCUGAUAUUUUGGCUGUUGCUGCUCGUGAUUCUGUAGCUGCGCUAGCAGGCCCCUCUUGGGAGGUGCCACUAGGAAGAAAAGACUCAACCACAGCCAACAAAAACCUAGCGAACAACGACAUCCCACCGCCCUUCCUAGACCUUCCGGCACUCAUAACAAACUUCAAAAACCAAGGCCUCGACGAGAGGGACCUCGUCCUCCUCUCCGGGGCCCACACUCUAGGGUUUGCUCAGUGUGUAACCUUCAGGGCUCGCUUGUACAACGAGGCCAACAUUGACCCAGCUUUCGCAGAAAUGCUCAAAAAAGCAUGCCCUAACACCGGAGGUGACUCAAAUCUCUCUCCCUUGGACCCUUCACCGUCCGAGUUUGACAAUAGGUAUUUCUCCCAAUUGACUUCCUACAAAGGAGUUCUCCACUCCGAUCAAGAACUCUUUAAAGGCGGUUCCACGGAUGAAUUGGUCAGUCAUUACAGCCGCAAUGGCGAAGCUUUCACCUCGGAUUUCGCUAGGUCUAUGAUUAAGAUGGGAAAUAUUAAGCCUUUGACUGGAUCUCAAGGUCAAGUCCGUGUCAAUUGUAGGAAAGUCAACCAAUAAUUUCUUCAAUUGUUUUUCAUUCAAUUUGUGAUGUAAGUGUUUUAUAUGAAUUUGUUAAGGUGUGACAAAUAAGAGGGUAUACAAAUAAUGAUUCAAAGUUAUAAUUAUGUUAUAUAUAGAGAGUAUUUUAUAUAGAUAAUUAAAUUAAUUACCCUCAUGAAGAUAAUAACGAUGAAUUGUUCAAUUUGUAAUUUUAUAUAGGCACAUGCAUGCAUGCACGCUAGCUAGUCGUGACUUGGUGUGAUCUUUUCAAUUUGAGUAAAAAGUCUUUGUCUUGUCUAAUUAA